CCUCUAUUCAUUGUAAAUAACUGUUCAAACGCACAAUGCGCUCUGGACCGCUUCAUUCGGCCGCACAACUUCCCCGCGCUCUCAUUGGUCGCUUCAGGAUGCGGCGGCAGCUGAUUGGACGAAAGUUUCUCCUCCAGCCCUCACACCCCCGCCUCGCAGAUAUCCGUGGUCCCGGAGCAAACUCCAGUUGUUUUCACACAUCCUCCUCGCCCUGACAAAGAGACUCGGACCUGCCGUCUUAUUUUUCAAAGUAAAAGCCUUGAUGCGCUCCAAGCAGCAGAUUUAAGGCACGAAACGGYCUCCAGCUCAGACUCUCAGGAGAAACAAGAGAUUUUCAACAGGUUCGGAUCAGACUGAAAGAGGAGGACGGGAAAAUGGUGUCGGCCGGACUGGAGAUCUUGGGACUGUCUUUGUGCGUGAUCGGCUCGCUCCUGGUGAUGAUCGCGUGCGGGCUUCCCAUGUGGAAGGUGACGGCUUUCAUCGAAGCCAACAUCGUGGUGGCGCAGACCAUCUGGGAAGGCUUGUGGAUGACGUGCGCGGUGCAGAGCACGGGCCAGAUGCAGUGCAAGGUGCACGACUCGGUCCUCGCGAUGACCCACGACCAGCAGGCGGCCCGCGCGCUCACCGUCAUCUCCUCGGUGAUGGGGGUGCUGGGGCUCAUGGUGGUGAUCGCCGGCGCGCAGUGCACCAACUGCAUCCGCACCGAGUACAUCAAAGCGCGCGUGGUGAACGCCGGGGGCGUCAUCUACAUCGUCAGCGGCCUGUUCGUGCUCGUGCCCAUCUGCUGGAUGGCCAACAACAUCAUCGCGGACUUCUACAGCCCGCAGGUGCCCGCGCCGCAGAAGCGGGAGAUCGGCGCUGCGCUCUACAUCGGCUGGGCGGCCGCGGCGCUGCUGCUGAUCGGAGGCACGCUGCUGUGCUGCUCCUGUCCCUCCGGCGGGAACUCUGGAUACUCYGCGCAAUACGUAACGACCCAGAGAGCCACGCAGAACGGGGACUAUGACAAAAGGAAUUACGUGUAGCCAAGCCAACACGUUCCCGUGCGUAAAAGUGACCUGCGGCUUUUGAAAAAAACAGAUUUUUAAAAAAAAUAUUAUUAUUGUCAAGGACGAUGUUUUUGCACCUCCAAUCCUUUAUAAAUCUGAACUUUAAAUCAGUGGAACCACCGCUGCUGUUUUCUUUUUUUGUUGUUGAUUUUUUUAUACACAGGUCCCUAAAUAUUCUCGGACCACUUAUUUACACUUUUUUGUGUCUGCAGGAGAUUUAAAAAAAAGACUAUCAACAAAAAGGAGUAUCUUUGUUAGGUACCUGCUUUUGUAAAUGUUCAAAUUUAUUAGUUUUUCCACUUUUUAUUAGUCUUUUACACCGUGUUUGUUUUUUCUUAAUGUGCUUUGUCAGCAUAAAGUUGUACAGUAAAUGGCUGCGCUCCCACACAUUCACCGGCUUCCUUGGUGGAGCUUUUGUCGACAACAACUGCCCAUUAAUUGGACCGAGGAAGGAAACUGCACACCUAUUAACUCCCUAACAAAUCUCAGACAGGGUAUUUUGUUGAUGUGGGCUGAUUAGAAAGUUUCUAGCUUCCCUAAGAACUGGAUUCUGUUGCAGCGUAAAAGUGGAUGGGCCACAUUAGGCAGAUCCAGUGCGUCUUUUCAAACAUUCCUGGAAUAAACUGUGUGUUUUUGCUAUGUUGAUGUAAUGUUUCUUUAUUCAUGUGUAUGAAAGUUGCAAUAUUGUUUCAUUUUAUUAAGAUUAAACUGAAUAUAUUGUCUGA